AUGUCACCAGAGACUCUAAGCUACAUCGGUGAAAUUCAGGAAGAAAUAGAGAGGGAGAAGAUCCGCAGACUUUUAGAGCGCCAGCAUGAGGAGGAAAUGUAUGGGCCGUUGCAAACCAUUUUCACAUUUUUGACGAAUUUCGAGGGCGCCUCUGCGGACGCACCGCGCGAAUUUCAGCUCGCAGCUCACACUUCCUUCCCCUGGCCUUCAGCUCGUGCUGCGGAAGCCUGUACUCCUGGAAUCGCCAAAUCGCGCCCUGCUUUCGACCUCGUCGAUAAAACCAAAGGUCGUUCAUUUUGGGACGGCUGUGUUGGCUUCGCGGAGAUCAAGAUCGACGCGGACGGGAACAAACCGCCCCUUGACGGAAUUCCAUCGGUGAAGACUGCCAUUCUUCAAUGUGCGCAUUACGCGCGCUACCACAUGUCUUUCCGACCGUUCUGGUUGUUCAGCGUCACCCUCCUGUUAACUGGCACCGUCUUCCGCGUCAUGAUCGCCGAUCGUGCUGGCAUCAUCCUCUCUCCGCUUCACAGCAUCGUCGACGACACUCCCGCAUCUGUCCGCGAUUCUCACCACCGGCGCGACGCUAAGACGUUCGUCCGCGUUGUUCGCGCGCUCACCCGACGAUUGACGAACACCCAGCUAGGCCAAGAUCCCUCUGUGACCCCAAUACCUCGCGAUGAGCUCAGGUCGUACAUGCGGACGUCCUCUGUCCCGAGCGCCGUUCAAGACAAAGUCCAUAUAGACGGUACGGAGUAUCAUCGGUCAUAUCGCAUUGAUCGCUUCGGGAACGACUCUCGAGUUUGGUGCUCGAGCUAUUUCGAGUCGAAGCAUGGGCUGGCCUUCGAGGGCGACAUCCACAUUCUGAAGUCCUCCUGGCGCAAUCCUCUCAAAGUAUCCGAAACGGACGUAUACCUGCUGAUUGGUCAACUGAAGGCUGAGGACGAGACGGCUGAGGCGAAGGAGGCUGAGGAGAAGGGCGAGUACCCUCGGAGUCGCGGAGUUGCCGACCUGUUGUAUGGCGGCGAUGUCUGCUAUCACGAGGGCCCCCAGGCGUGGUCUACGAUCACCGUCGCGCAUAUCCGUGGUCAAGCCGAGGAUCCGAUGAACCCUUCCAAGGUUCUGCAUCGUAUCAUCGUCCCGAGGGUCGCACAUCAAUACUUAUGUGACAGAGGGAUCCUCCACUGUGACAUCAGCCCGGGGAACACGCUACUGUGGCUCAACGAGCCAGCGCUCCCAGCGAUUUGGAAUGCUAAGCCAUCUAGAGGAUUCCUCACCGACUUCGACAUGGCUACAGUAGACGACUCGAGGCUUGAGCACCUUCGAACCAUUGACCCGCAUGGCAAGCCUGUCAUAGCGGAUAGCAGCGUUCGGUCGAAAAUUGAUUGCACAUCAUCGAGAUCAUGCGAGACACCUGUGGCAGGAACACUGCAGUUCAUGGCCUUCAAGCUCCAUGGAUUGGACGCAGGCAUGGGCCACACCCCCGCGCACGAUCUUGAGUCAGCUGCCUACGUCUUGGGCUAUUCUGUCCUGCGACGCCUUGUGAACACUCCGGGCUGUCCCAAUAGCCUCGAACAGGUUUUCGAAAAAUGCUUUGGUGGCACGACGCUCCAGGGCAUCAUUUCCCAGCGAGCAACUGUACUGCCACUAAACUGGCACUACGAGUUUGGCAGCGAGAUUGAUCAAGAGAGAACAUCAUUCAUAAGAGAACAUCUCUCGCUACCUCUUGCAAAGGUUCUGUUUGAAUUGGACGUAACGUUACAGACAGGUUAA